AUGGCAACAAAAGGGCAGGCAGCAAGCAAGCUUGACUACUACAAUCUUUGGGAAUAUCUCUUUGGGGUCUACAACAAGGACGUGCGUCCGGUGAAUGAUGAUGAAAAAAUCACUGUGGUCUACGCAGCCUUCUCGCUCUUCUCCAUCGUAGAGAUGGACGAACAGGCCCAGCGGAUGAAGACUAACGGCCUGCUGAAGAUGUCCUGGUAUGACGAUUACCUUUCCUGGAAUGAGGAGAACUUUGGCAACAUCAGCAGCAUCCUGGUGAAACAGAGCUAUGUGUGGCUUCCGGAUCUCGUGGUGGAAAACACGGUCACCACCCAGACACAGCUGGGCUACAGCAACCUACAGGUGCGGAUUACUAGCGAGGGAUUUAUAAGCUGGCAGCUCUCAGAAAUCUUCGAGACAUCUUGUAACAUGGAUGUGACUUAUUAUCCCUUCGAUACACAGGUUUGCUUUAUCAAAUUCACAUCCGCUAUGUCAACGAGAGAGGAGCUGUACAUCCUCAUCUUCACCAAAGAGCCCAUCGACAUGAACAACUUCUAUCCAGAUGGUGUUUGGGAGGUGGUCAACACUUCCGCCAGAGACCAGCAGAUGGAGAAUCAGAGUGUGGAGGACGAGAAAGCCCGCAUAGUGUUCAGUCUGCAGCUGAAGCGACGACCAGCCUUCUACGUCCUCAACAUCAUUCUGCCUGUUGUGCUCCUGGCGAUGACGUCAUCGUUGGUCUUCGCACUUCCGGCGGAAUCCGGCGAGAAGAUGAGUCUGUCCAUCACCGUGCUGCUGGCCUUCGCUGUCUACCUGACCCUCCUGACCGACGCCAUGCCCAAGACUUCUGUACAGGUGUCGGUGCUGAUGGUUUACGUCAUCCUGUUGAUGGCGCUGACGGCCUUCAGUGUCAUCCUGUCUGUGCCUCUACUUGGUCUCCACCACAGACCCACCAGCAAGCCUCUGGGGAAAAAGACCACACAAAUUAUUCUUUUUCUCCAAAAGAUAAUGUGUAAAGCAGAAGACCGAUGGCGACCUGCAAAACCCGACGACAAGAUGUCUUUUGAGGACGAUGACAACAUCGCCAUUGUUGGCGAGAGGAAGAAACAGAAGAACAAACUCAAUGUUGUCGUCCCAUACGACGAGAGACAAGAAGCAGACGACAGCCGUUGUGGGUCCGCGUCGAGCGUUAGGUCAUCAACUGAGGUCACUGUCGUCAGCAGUCAACUGGCAGCGGAAAUGCUGACUACCUUGCUGUUCUUCGUCUUUUUGUUCUUAGUUGUCAUCAGCACGAUCAUCUGCGCCGUCGUUUUGGUCGUUGGUGGCUCUCGGCAGGAGGAGAGCACUCGUCUUACCUGA